GUUUUUUUACAAAUUUUUUUAUUUGAUUUCGAGAGAAAAAUUCAAAUUGACCCAUGUUAGAUUAUAAAUCCCUAUGGCUUUGGAAAUAAUUCAUUUUACCUUAAAAAAGUAUUUCUUUAGAUAGUACAAAAACUGACCCUUGACAGUUACUACUAAUUAAAAUUCAUGACAAUCAAUUGAUCUUGAAAAUCGGAUCAUUGUAAUGCGAAAUUUUCUGAUCAGUUAGAAAGUCGGUAAUCUUUAUAAAAGGAUUGCACGUCAUUUGUAUCCAAUUGCGGGAUCAAAUUAAUCAACUGGCAAUUACUGUGUUAAUCAAAAUGGCUUAUAAUUUUCAUUGACCUAUAUUAAUUAGUGAAUAAAAAUAAGUAUUGAUGGCAGAUGCAUGGAAGUUGUGGAAUGACUGAAGAAGAGCUGGAAAAAAAUAUUUUUGAAUACUGUCGCAAUCAAGUUGCCGUUCAGGGUUCUGAAAGCUUUGGUUGCUUUAAUGGCUGCGUGGCUAUGAAAUUUGAAGUAAUCAAAGAUAUGAAGUUUAAUGAGGAGAAAUAUGUAGAAUUGGUGCUUACUUAUAACCCUUAUAUGGAUCGUGAGCAAUUAAUAGACGCAUACCAAUUUUGUGUCAAUGAUAUACCCAAAGUCAACGACGAAUGCGCACUAUUUACAGAAAUGGUUGAAUGUGUCACGGACAUGACUUGGCUUUACUUUCCAACUGAAUAAAAGUAUUAAAAAAUUACAAUUAGAAAAAUGAGGACAACGUAAAAAAAUGUUUGUUUGCAAAAUUAAAUAUUAUAUGAAACAAUUACAUAUUUAGAGGCAUUGUAAAAUGAAUAAAGCUGCUUAGCAAUAAGCAUGUUUACCUUUCUUUUAAUUAUUUAUAAAUAUGAGGAAGCGCAAAACUGAUAAGAUAUAGAAGAGGCCAUCCAUAAACUACAUUACCAAUUUGAGGAUAACAACAAAGUUAGUAAAUUUUGGGAAGGAAGCUGAAGGAAGCUGUCUACUAUUAUAUUUUUGUUAUGAAUUCAUCUCCUUUGGUUGCAAAUUCUGCUAUUUCCUUAAAAUGAAACUAUUUUGGUAAACAGU